UCCAGGCUCCGCCCACUGCCGUCACGUGACCCGGACUCGCCUGGCAACGGGGGGAAGCGUCGCUGUGGAGUGAACUUGUGAACUCCACGCGCCGAACAAACGAGUUUUUAUGAGCUUUAAAAGCUAUUUAUUUGGUCAAACAGAGUAAAGAAUAAAAAAUAAGCGCCACUUUGGUUUUUAUUUACACUUCUUUGUGAGUGUGUGUGCAGGUGUGUACAGGUGCGAGAUGCGUGAGGCGUGAGGCGUGAGGCGUGGUCAGCGUGCUCUCCAGCACCAUGGGGAAGCUGCAGAGUAAGCUGCACCGCCGCUCUGACAUCUACAGAGCCAGAGAGGGGGCGGAGCCUACGCCACUACCCCAGGUGACGCAGUAUGAACCCGCCCACUCCGACGCUGUCAACUGUGUGACAUCGUUGAACUCUGACCUGUGUGUUUCGGGUGGGAGUGACCAGGCCGUUGUGGUUUAUGACUGGAGAGCAGGAAAAUUGUGCAGAUGUUUUCAUGGCCACAGUAAGGAGAUCACCAAGCUGGGUUGCUUGGCAGGCAGCACCUGGAUCUUCAGCGCAUCCCGUGAUAAAUCAGUGUUGAUGUGGGAUUUCACCGGCGGUCCGAACCCCAUCCAGUCAUUCUGUGGACACGAACUCGUCGUCAACGGAGUCGCCAUCAGCCCAGACGGGACGAAGCUGUGCACCGGCUCUCGCGAUAACUCCAUGUGUCUGUGGGACGUCGAGAGCGGGAAGUGCUUACACAGAAACACCAUCUCACGCAACCUGGUGACUCAUCUGUGUUGGGUUCCUGGAGGAACAUCAAUAGUCCAAACCUCAGAAGAUAAAACCAUCAGAGUGUGGGAUAGUCGGACAUGGCAGGUGACGAACACGUUUCCAGCUAAGCAGUACAUCCAGACUCACUGUGACGUGAGUGUGAACCACUACCACCUUCUGUCCAGCAGCAACGGCUUCGGGGGUCACGGCUGUGAGGCCACGCUGUGGGACCUCAGACAGCCAGGCUGUAAGGUGGUGGAGUACAGAGGACAUGUCCAGUCCACGGCGUGCUGCGUGUUCCUCCCCACGAGUAUCGGCUCGCCUGCGCUCGUCGCCUCGUCAUCACACGACAGCUCGGUCAAGAUCUGGGACCAGAACACGGCUGCGUGUUUGUUCACUCUGCCUCUAGACGGCUCAGGGCCGUUGGCGUCGUUAGCGCCGUGUGACUCCAGCACUCUCCUGUGUGCCAGCUACUACACGGGCCUCCACCAGCUGCAGCUCUCACAGGGGACGACCCCCAGCCUCAGGGAGGUGGCACGCUUCUGA